AUGCUUCCAAGUCAAGCUCCAGUAUCACCAAACAAACGAUCCAGCCCAAACAACCACAGUGAGGUCAAUUCUCAUUCCAAUGCUCCAUAUUCUGACAGGGAUGUCAAGGCAUUGUCACUUGUUGAUGGCAUCUUCUGGGGUUAUAUUAAAGGAUAUCCAUGGUGGCCUUGCAAGGUGAUUGCAAAUGAGGAACACUUGACUCGAGUUAUGCGCUCCGCAAAACCAAAAGGAACAGACAAACAUGUCCCUGUAUUUUACUUUGGUUCGCAUGACUAUUCCUGGCUUCCUACUCGCUCCGUUAAACCCUUUGAAGAAUUUAGAUCCGAGUUUGAAAACAAAAGCAAAACAAAAUCAUUUCAAGAAGCAGUCAAGGAGGCCAAGGAUACCACCUUAUGGCCAAAGCAUAUCCUGAUGCAAACUGCUCCUAGUGAUUCAGAAGAGAGUGGAACUGAGCGUGAUAGCGACGAAGAAAUGAAAGAUGCAUCUGAUAGGAACGCAAACGACACUGCUGUUUCUUCUGAUGGUUUAAGCGAUGGUGAGGAUGGAUCUCGAAAGCAAAACAAACGACUAAAGAAGGAUGGGGUUUCGAAAAGAAUGAAGCGCACCUCUCGGUCUGAUGUCAAAGUGAAACACUCCAAGCCAACUUCUGACAAAGCAUCUCUCAAGCCCGUUAAUACUCCCAAAAGCGCCACAAAACAAACUUCAGUCGCUGGAUCCAAAAGAAGACGGUCUAGUAGUGCAGGUGAUACGAAAGAUACGAUUUCCACUAAACAUUCAAAAGACAAUACUUUAAAAUCGACAAGGGCAGUUUCCCAAGGUUCUGAAACCAUGCCUGUUAAAGUAGCGACAGAAAACUCGGACAACAAGUAUGAGGUUUCUACCACCACUGGACGUGAAGUACUUACUAAGCGUGAAUUUUUGAUGCAUCUUCGCUUGAAGUUGCAGAUUUUUUUAAAAAAUGAGGAUCGACAGUCAACCGACUUUAUAAAAGCAGACAAAUGGCUCAGGCGUGUUGAAGAGGCUCACGUUUCUUUAGAUCUUUUUCGAGAAACCAAAAUUGGCAAAUUCAUCAAACACAUGAGUAAGAUCCAGCUUUCAGACGACAAAUAUAAUUUUAUUCAGAGAUGCAAUGCAUUACUCGAGCGCUGGAAACUUGAACUACGCAACGUGACUUCUGACGAAUCAAUUCCUGCAAGCGACACUGUAGCCGAGUCUAUCGAAUCUAUAAAAAAAAGUUCUACUAGCGAGGAAUUAGCCAAGCCCGAUUUAAAAUCAACCACUAUUGAAUCUAGUGUCAAACCUUUUACAGAGCCGAAUUUUGAGUCGCAUACUAGAAUUUCAGACAAGCUAAUGGAUAAUCUUGCAGUCCCCACAUCAACUCAAACAUCACUAAAGCCUGUUUCUCCAAUCAAAGCAAUGGAAACUUCAUUUUUGGCUACUCCUGCCACACCCAUAGUAGCAUCAUCGAAACCCAUUUCACCAAUCAAAAAAACCGAUAUCAGCUCGACUUCUUUCACAAAAAUAUCACCUGAAUCUGCAAAUAUGCCAGCUUCAGUUUCUCCAGAAACCCCCUUCAAAUCUCUGAGUAUCAACCCUAUUUUUGUUCCAGCGACAGCCGUCGACUCUAGCAACGAGGACUUUUCAAAAGUCACACUUACUCAAAAUAUUCCUUUGCCCUCCACAGAAUCCAAAUCCCCAACCACUAUUUAA